AUGUCGACAGAUCCUGAACAUUUCGAAGAAGGCGUGGAAGACGAUGAAUUUAUCGACCCAAAUGACGUCUACAUCGAGUUCGCGGACGAUGGCGACCACCUGAUGGACGAAGACGACGGCGCGGACGGCGAGCAGUUCAUGGGUGACGAUGGUGAACAUCAGCCAGAAGAGUCCAUAGUUUACGAGGACAAUUCGAUGCAGCACUUCCCUUCACAUAACGGCUCCGUUUUCGCGAUUGCGACACAUCCUAUAGCGCCGCUCGCCGCGUCUGGCGGUGAGGAUGACCUGGGGUACAUCUGGGACUACACCACGGGAGAGGAACUCGUCAAACUUACGGGGCACACGGAUAGCGUGGUGUCCACCGCGUUCAGUGCAGACGGGGAGAUGAUUUCGACGGGUGGUAUGGAUGGCAAGGUUCGAGUAUGGCGCCGCGUGGGCAAGGAGAACUGGAAUCAGUGGGAGUUCUUAACGGAGCUACAAGGUCCGGACGAGGUCAUGUGGCUACGAUGGCACCCAAAGGGAAAUGUAUUGCUCGCUGGGUCAAAUGAUUCGACGGUAUGGCUAUGGCAAUUGCCUUCAGGCAAUACGAUGCAGGUAUUAGCCGGUCAUACCGCGCCCGUACAAUGCGGUGACUUCACCCCUGACGGCAAGCGUAUCAUAACCGCCGAUGCGGAGGGCACGCUCAUUUUCUGGGACCCGCGCAAUUCGACGCCUGUGUUCAAGCUCACGCCCACUGACGUGCGCUUUGACAUGGACGGCAUAACCUCGCUCGCCGUCAACCCCGCGUCCACCCUGGCCGUCGUGGGCGGCGCGACGGGCAGCGUGCGUGUAGUCAGCCUGAGCAAGGGAGAGGUCGUCGGUGCGCUGGGCGGGCAUAAGGAGGGCGAGAGCGUGGAGGCCGUGACCUUCGUCGAGCUGGCCGGCGCUUCUACGGCGCCGAGCGCGGGCGGAGUGGUCGUGACGGGCGCGACGGAUGGUAAGGCAUGCAUAUGGGACCUCGGCACGAUGCGGCUGCGGACAACGCUGGAGCACGAGGAUGCGGUUACCUCUCUCUUGCGCUUGCCCCAGCCAAAAUCACACCUUGUCGUGUCCGCGUCCUCGGACAAGGCGCUUCGUACCUGGGACGCACGCUCGGGCACCCUCGUGCGCGAGCAUAAGGGUCACCAAGGGCCGAUUUUGCAGGCCGCGCUGGGCCUGGGCGGCGGGGUCGUCGUGAGCGCCGGCGACGAAGGCGUCUGUCUAGUAUUCCCGACGGAAUAG